AUCUCCCCGGGGAUUCACGAAGGAGGAUGGAGCGGCUGAGGUCUCCCGGCUGCUAAGAGGAUUAGAGGGACGGAGGCAGGGAGGGAGGGAGGAAGUCCGACAUUGCAGCCUAGGGGGCACCUCAGAGCAAAGCAGUAACGGAGCCGGGGGAAGAGUGCAAGGUCUGGCCAGGCGCGGGGGAAGGAGGGAGGGAGGGAGACACCGGCGCGCGCGCACACACGCACACACACACAAAGGGAAGGCAGAGCCACAGGCAAAGCUGGUAGCGGCGAAUCCUGCAAGUUACAGGAGGGUGGCGUGAGGCGCUUCGGAAGGCACUUAAUCCGGUCCAGGAUCUAGCGGGGAAAUCCGACGCGGCGGACAAAAGAACCGCGGGGGUCGCCGAUGGGGAAAGGCGGGGAGCAAGGCGAGGACUGCGGCGGCGGCGGGGGCGACCGGGAGGCGCCGAUCCCUUCCUACACUUGGGAGGAGGUCCAGAAGCAUAACCUGCGGACGGACAAGUGGCUGGUGAUCGAGCGGAAGGUGUACAACAUCACCCAGUGGGUCAAGCGGCACCCGGGAGGGAUGCGCGUGAUCGGCCACUACGCCGGCGAGGAUGCGACGGAUGCCUUUCGGGCUUUUCAUCCUGACAUCACCUUUGUACGGAAAUUUUUAAAGCCAUUGCUGAUUGGAGAACUUGCCCCGGGAGAACCUAGCCAAGACAGAGGCAAGAAUGCCCAAUUGGUGGAUGAUUUCCGGGCCCUGAGGAAGACAGCAGAAGACAUGAACUUAUUCAAAGCCAGUCCUGUAUUUUUUUCCCUUUACUUGGGUCAUAUACUUGUGAUGGAGGCACUGGCUUGGUUACUAGUAUCAUAUUGCGGUACAAGUUGGAGCAUAACCUUCAUCCUUUCCAUCAUCCUUGCAACCUCUCAGGCUCAGGCCGGAUGGCUGCAACACGACUUUGGACAUCUCUCUGUAUUUAAGAAGUCGUCAUGGAACCAUGUAGCCCAUAAGUUUGUGAUUGGUCACUUGAAGGGUGCCUCAGCAAAUUGGUGGAAUCAUCGGCACUUCCAGCAUCACGCUAAGCCCAAUAUUUUCAAGAAAGACCCAGAUGUGAAUAUGAUGCACCUCUUUGUUCUGGGGGAUACACAGCCUGUUGAGUAUGGAAAGAAGAAGCUGAAAUAUUUCCCAUACAACCGUCAACAUGAAUACUUCUUCUUAGUUUUCCCACCUCUCCUCAUUCCAGUUUACUUCCAUUUGCAAAUCUUCACGACCAUGUUCAGACACAAGUUCUGGGUGGACUUGGCCUGGGCUUUCAGUUACUACAUACGCUACCUUAUAACAUACGCUCCAUUUUACGGACUUUUUGGAUCGAUGUGCCUCCUCACCUUUGUCAGGUUUGUGGAAAGUCACUGGUUUGUUUGGGUCACACAGAUGAAUCAUAUUCCAAUGGAAAUUGACAAUGAGAAGCAUAGAGACUGGCUCAGUGGUCAGUUGGCAGCUACCUGCAAUGUCGAACCGUCUUUUUUCAAUGACUGGUUCAGUGGUCACUUGAAUUUUCAAAUAGAGCACCACUUGUUUCCCACAAUGCCACGCCACAACUACUACAAGAUAGCUCCAUUGGUGAAGUCGCUGUGUGCGAAGUACCAAGUCCCUUACGAGGAAAAGCCUCUUCUGAAAGCCUUCUCAGAUAUUGUGGGGUCCCUAAAGAAAUCUGGAGAGCUGUGGUUGGAUGCCUACCUCCAUAAAUGAAGCUGGAUUUCAGAGAGGGGGGAAAAGGUGUUAGCCAGGGGGAGGGCUGGUGGGGGUGGGGGCUCGCGUGUGUUCUUAUUGUCCAAUUCCAGUCUGUAUCUGUGUACACAGUCUGAAGGGAGUUUCCUGUCUUGUGACAUUGAUGCUGGGGUGGGAUCAGGGGGACCGAUUUGAAACCUGAGAGACUUUCAUAUAUGUCGGGUACUGUCUGUAGAGAAUGAAUUUUGAAACAAUGAUCUUAACGCAUGAUGGCAAAAAAAAAUUGGCUCAGUAGGUUGAGAUGUUUUGAGGAAGGCAGUCUGAGAGAUGAAAGAACAAGUAAGCAGAGAUAGCUUCUUAGUGUCUCUUCCCAAGAUGUAUCACUAGUCCCAUCUCAGGCACUUGGCUUACAUGCACAGAUAUUUGUUUUGUUUUGUUUUUAGAAAGAACAACAAUAUGGUCUAGCUUCUGCAUCUCUUUGAACUGCACACGGUACAACAAAACAUCUUCUUAUAAAGAAUUAACCCCAAAUCAACAUAGAUCCUCUUCUCCUCAGUAAUGCUGGCAUAAAGGUAGAGGAGAAGGCAAGAUAAAUUUAGCAUCUAAUACUUAAAAAUCACAAAACAAGGAUUUUUAUAAGCCUUACCGAGUUGGCUUAGAAGCUCUUUUGAGACAACACAUACCAGAAACAAAAGUUUUGAAUAGAGGCCCAAAACAAUUCUUGCUGCCUAUUCUUAGUUUUCUGUCCUCCAAAAGAAGAAUUCAAAGGCUUGUUUGUCAUCCUCGAAUAUUUGUCUACUGCGCUCAGAGUCCAUGCGGAUCUCUACAUCUGUGUUUUCCAUCUGACCUACCCCUCUCCAAUUGCCACACUGCUUGAACAAAACUGCAUGUAAUUUGCAUUGAACUUUCUGUGGGUCAGUUUCCAUUCUCUACAGAAGGGCUGCACAAAUCUAUACUGUGCCUGUUCAUCCUAGAUCCGCCAGCCGGAUCCAGCUAGAGGCUGUAUGUACCUGAAACAGGCUUCCCUAACUAGAUAGGGAAUCUUGUAGCUAAAUGCCUGCUGAUUCACCAUGUAUUGGUGCAUGUACAGCUUCAGUUAGAAAUUGGAUUUCAGGAUGGGUUACAGCAGGCUGUACUUAGAAUGUAACCUGUUUUCUCUGCCUGAACAAUUUAUUGGUGCUAUUCAGAAUCUUUAGCCAGAGCUGUGCUGCCUGAUUUUGGAUUUAGACCCCACUAAGUUGGGGGCUCACAACAUUGUUUUGUCUGUAGCACUAGCCUUUACAAGGGUUUGGACAUACAACCGAAAGUCACUUCUGCCACAGAGGACCUAACAUUAAAGCUGAAAGAGUAGAUCCAGGAUCUGCCUUCCACUGGCAGAAGGGUUCCGUUCAUAGAAGGUGCUGCCACACAGUUUUCAAGAUUCCCCUUGAAAAUGACAGCUUAGCCCACUAGGGAGGUGCCUUGAUCCUCUGUGUAGCAUUUGCUGUGGAGGGACAAGAAAGACCCCUUCUGUCAGCCUAGUUGCAUAGGCCUAAAUCUGAAUCCAACCUCAAGAUUUCCAAGUCUAUUAACAAGGAAUAAGAUGUUUGGUAACACUUCUAGAACUUCACCACAUCAAAUUAAGAUCAACCUCCACAGGUGAUUGUAUUUUCCUUCUCUUUUUAAAUCUUGACUAGCUUGCAAUCUGUAUUAGGGUAGAUUAAGGCUCACAUCAUUAGGAAGGCUGCCUCAUCCUAUCUAUGCAAAAUUCUUUAGAAGCACUCACGAACAUUUUCCUCCAAAGGUAACACUGCAUUCAUUGCAUUUGCCUGACAGUGAGUACCACCAAGUGUUUUCUUAAAACAUAACAGCACCUCUUCCCAUCUUUGCUCCAAAGUUCAUAAUGUAUACUUGCUGAGAACAAUCUCGUUGGGUUUAUUCUUGAUGUGAAAUUCUCCAACCUUUUAAGACAUUCUUUCAUCAUCUGUUUUCUUUGACAGAAUAUUGGCAACUCAGACUGCCAUGUAAGAUGCUUGGGACCAAGAUUGUCCCAACCAUGGAAAAGUUAGUGUGGUUGUAUCAGACUAUAUAGAACCUCCAUCUGGUUGGCGUUGUAUUGCCUACAACGGUCAAUACACAGACUUCAUGGGGGAAGAGAUACAUAGACACUCCCAAUCCACAGGCAAAAUGCAGAAUCAGCUAUGAUCACAAAGGUCAAAACCUUGCUCUUGCAAGUUCUAAUACAGAGACUUUUUUCUUUGUUUCCUUCUUCCACUACUUUCCAUGUGAACUCUUUUACCCUCCAGAUAUUUUGGUGGACAGCUGGAUUAUUUUCUUUGUGAACCAGUGGUCAUUUUGGCUGGUGGAUUCUGAGAACUGUAGUCCAAAAAUGUAACUUUUCCGAACAUUGGUCCCCUCAACCCAGCUGUGUGUUAUAUGAAAAAGGAUCUCCUCAGGACAGUUCUCAAUCCAGGAAGACCAAGUGGUUUAUAAUGAAGUAUCUUUCCACCUCAUUGGAUAGGUUCUUCCCAUCCAUUCAACUCUAAAUGAAAGAUCGGAUCCAAAGUGGGCAGCUUUUGAUGCUGUAUUUCUGGACAGUAUAUGGGAAUGGAUAGUGCAUCUUGGGCUUAGCGCAUCUUACCCUUUCUAAGAGCUCUGCCCUUCCUAGGACAUAAUGUUAAAGGACAAGCAUGUUGUCUAAGACAGUGGUCCCCAACCUUGGGCUUCCAGAUGGUCUUGGACUACAACUCCCAGAAGCC